AUGCCGGGCCAUGCCGAAAGUGCCUAUACUGUCAGGACAACCAGGCUCAACUGGCUCCGUGACCUCAUACCCUUACGAAUGGCGGAAGCGGGAAUUCUAGCCUUUCGAUAUAACGCCAACAUUCUUCAUGGGGCGUCAAUCGCGGGAAGCACUUGCAAAAAGGAGGGCAAGGAUGAAGGAACAAGAUUGAGGCUCACCGAACAAGGUCAAACGGCUAUAUCAUCUAUGAAUGACCAGGAUGAUUGGACUUAUAUUGCGCGGAAUGCUGAAAAGUUCAAGGCCAAACAGGAUAAUAAGAGAUUAGAGGAUGACAAGGGCUAG